AGUAAAAGACUACGUUUCCCAGAAUGCCACCAACUAGCGUAAUAAAACGCAAGAGGUCGCAGUCCACCGCGAACAAAUGUCUCUUGUACUGUGCAAAAUAAUGCUGCAGAGGAGUAGUUGUAUCCUGUUUUGAUGCCGAAAAUUAAAAUUGGAAUUCCACGUUAGAAGCGCUGCUUCAAAUCACAUCGACCAUGAGGACGACAAUCAUCAGGUGCCCACGGGAUGGAAUCCGCUGAAAAAUGGUACAGUGACUUUAUUGCACUUAAGCUGCUAGACAAAAAAACAAACUCGAAAAAGAAUGAUGCUGCAGGUGUUACAGUGAGACAUCCUCAGCAGACAUUUAAGUUCCACAGUAGUCUGCAGUAUUCCAUCCCUCGCUCAGAAUGUGGCACUGGGUCUUGCCCAGACCUCCAAAUGAGUAAAAUCGAGUUAGCAGAGCAAAAGCUACUGGUGAUGGCUGGCACUCCUCAAUUACCUGUCCGAACCCAUAGGCCACUGUGCCUUUCUGUGUCCUCUGAUUCUAAUGGGAGGUAUAAACCACUGGAAUCCCAAGGGUGGCAAAGUAAUCUCAAAGCUCAGAUGGAUCAAGUCGGGAAGAAUGGAUCAGCCAGCAGCACUGGUUCUUUGGAGAGAGCAUCGUUGUUUUGUGCCACAGGCUCCCCAAGUUCCUGUUCUAGUUUAUCAAGUCCCAGUGAUUCUUUGACCAGGACAAAAUCUUCUAGCAGAUUCUCCUUGUUUUCACCACCAUGGAACAGUAGUUCAGAAUCUGAUUCAAGCUCUCCAUCCCGUUCAGGAUCUAAAAAGUUCAGGAACUGCAGCAAAAAAGGAGCAGCUAAAGCUGAGGAGGGCAUAGAUUCCCAUCAAAUCAUGCCUGAACAUUUUCAUUACUCUGAACCUGUUAUGUCCAAAGUGACUGAUUACAUAUAUGUGGGAAACAUUAAUGCAGCAUACAGUGGGCGUAUUCUUUGUAAGAACCAUAUAGACAGUAUUAUAGAUAUGAGCGAUCUCUCUAGUCAACAGAAUGUGUGGCUCAUCCCUUGUACUUGUUCUCAGGAUGCUAAACACAGUUGGUCCCGCCUUAAAAUACAUUUGAAUGACUCCUCCACCAGGAAGGGGGACAAUUUAAAGCAGUGUUGUUUUGAAGACAUCAUUGAUUACAUCAGUGCAUCAGUGGAGAAGAAGAAGCGAGUUCUGAUUCACUGUAGGGAUGGCUAUUCUCUGGCUCCUACUUGUAUUAUUCAGUAUCUAAUGCUCAAACAAAACAUGACAUUAAUGGCAGCAUACGAGUUUGUGAGAGCUAGGUACCCUGUUAACAUAAAAGAAUGCCAUCAGAACCUGUUGGUCAGUUUGGAGAAAUCACUAAGACCUGGGAAUAUUGACCCAGAGUGUUUUAAGCAGGCCUUGUCCAGAAAGGUGGCUUGGACUUAAAAUUAAAAAAAAAAAAAAACUUCUUGUGGAGAAAAGGGCAGGUUCCCCAACUCCUGAUACAAGUUUUGUAAAAAUGCCUUAUUACAGAAAAAUGAACAUUUUAAUUGUGUGCACAUUUAAAUCUAAGAAUCUGUCUUUUAUGUGGUGCUUUAAUAAAAAUUCCUUAUUCCUGCCAUUCCAAUGAAGAUUAGUGUGUAUAUAAUAUGUUCUGUUAAUCUGCUAGAUCAGUUUAGAGUUGUGAAAUUUGCACUGUUUGGGAAAACCUACUUUCUGAGGGAAAGCUUGUUUAAAUGUCAAUUUUUUAAAUAAAAUCUGAUCAAAAUACA